AUGCAGACGGUCGACAUCCGCGGCCUCUACGAUGAGGACCCACGUCCGACCUUCGUCGUGGAUUGUGAUGAUCAGCCCGCAGGCAUCUACCACGUGAACUCUGCCCUACUGGAUCUACCGCACCUUGCACUAUCUCUCCAUGCUCAUAAUGCGUUAAGAGACUGGUGGGAUCCUUCCAGCAGAGUUGCGUCACGUCAUCAACAGGAGUUCCGACAUGGCCGUUACCGGUGGGCAAAGUUUACUGCUUGUCAACGUUGGCUUAUCAUCACUCUCAUCGAACAGCCGCCGCAGACAGAGGAGCCAAAAGGCCAUUUGCAACAAUCCUCCCAGCUGGCGCGGGUCGCCUCACCCCUACAUCCACAUGCUGAGACUAUUUUCACUGUCAAAAUUCAAUCCCCGGAGCUGCGAGAGCAUAUCGAACGCCUUCAAAAGGUUGACUGGGGACGAACCUCUCUGGGCCCCAUCGCAGGCUGGAGCUAUGAAUUGAACCUGCUAGUCACCACUCUCAUGCUCGAGACGCGUCCAACAGCGAUCUUCCUGGGCUUUGACCACAUCAUCGUGUAUAAUCUCGCGUAUGGCGCUGUCUCUGGAUCCAGACACCCUGCGAUCCUGGGUCAAUCUAUCCUCGACGCAUGGCCUGAGGUCGCCGACCCUCAAACGCGCUUCGCAGAUACUCCCGAAAAAGAGUACCAUUUCAUGAUAGAGAGGAACGGUUUUGUUGAAGAGUCUUUCUUCAUGUGGAGCCUUAUAUCUCUUGUCGGCGUUGGGCAGAUUAAUGGCAUGUACUCCAUUGUGACUGAAGUGACCAAACAAAGACUACUGGAACGCCGUGUCAAUGCACUACUUCGAUUCGGGCAACUAAGCAGCGAGGCUGUAGAUGCUAAGGCAUUUUGGAAGUCGAUUCGAGAAGCCAUCUACCCAAGCGAGUACGAUUUUCCAGCCGCAGUCCUGUACUCCCAUUGUGAAGUCGAAACGACUGGCUCUGCAGUUACAUACAGCAAAACCACUUCGCGUAAUUGUUCACUGGAAUGGACGAUCGGUUAUAGGGUUAAUCAUCCCGACAUACCACAAAAGCUGGAUCUAGAGCAGGAUCUUCCACUUGGACGUGCCAUAGCUGGCAGUGCCAAGAAAGGCGUAGCUACGCUCUAUCGCCACGAGGACGGACGUUUACCAAGCACCCUUUUCACUGACGUCGAGAAACGUGGCUUUGGAGACCCUUGUAAAGCGAUGCUCAUUAUACCAGUGAGGACAUCUAAUGAGACUAUAACGGGAUACAUAAUCGUAGGACUCAAUACUCGGAGACCGUAUGAUACAGAGUAUCAGGAUUGGAUAGCAUCCGUGGCGCUUCACGAAGAAGAAGUGCGGAAUCGAAAGCGUCAAGAAGAAGAAGCUGCAAGAGAUCGGGAAGCACUUAGCGCCGAAGUCGCGGUCUUAGCCCAGGAGGCUAGUGAUGUCACAGAAAAGCUAUCCAAUUUCUACCAGCUCGCCAACGCAGUCGGCCUCGGCUACUUUGAGUUUGCUAUCAGUGGAGAGCUUGUACAUGCAAAUGAAGCCUUCUUCCACCAGACUGGCCACCCACGAGAUCUUUCGAAUUCUCGUCCUUUUGCCUUCCUCGAGCAUGUCUACGGGCCGGAUCGAGAACUUGCUACGGAACACUGGCGUAUGUCGGCAAGUGGAAAGUCCACUACAUAUGAGAUGCGAUGGAAGAAGAAGCCCAACGCAGACACUGGCAGCGAAGACGACACAAGAGAUUAUCUGUGGACUCUGACAGCAUGCGUACCGAUCAAGACAGAAGACGGGAUAGUAACAGGAAUCUUCGGCUGCAACACUGAUAUAUCUGGCCAGAAAGAAGCCACGCGUAUAGCCUUACUGCGUGUGGAGGCUGAGAGACGUCUUGCAAGCUUCACCCAAACGGCGCCAGUCGGAUUCUACCAAUGCGACUCAGAUUUGAAGAUUCAAUACUGCAACGAUCAAUGGUUCAACAUUGUCGGUCAUCCGAUAACUGAUAUCAGCGCUAUUGACUGGACCUCCCGGAUUUAUCAAGACGACCUGGAAGCAGUAACUAUUGAUUCGCAUAUAGUAAUGCAAGUCAACAAGCUUCACACAUUCUCUUUCCGAGUCAAGAAAUUAUGGACUGGGCCGGAUGACUUAUCAACACCGACUUGGGUUUUAGCAACAGCUACCGCGCAUCGGGAUAAGGAUGGCCAGGUAGUCUCGGUCAUGGGGACUCUUACAGAUGUGAGUCAACUAAAGUGGGCGGAAGCCAUACAGAGAAGCAGAGUGGAGGAAGCCCUGGAAUCCAAGAGACAACAGGAGAACUUCAUUGAUAUGACGAGCCAUGAGAUGCGUAAUCCUCUCAGCGCUAUGGUGCAGUGUGCAGACUCAAUAUCAUCCGCCUUGGCUGAGAUGGAAGCUGCAAUAAACGACAACGCUCUCACAACACAGCCUUCGCUCCAAACAAAAAUUAAAGACCUGGUCGGAACCAGCAUAGACGCUAUCGACACAAUUCAGGCCUGUGCGACGCAUCAGAAGCGUAUCGUCGAUGACAUCCUCACGCUUUCGAAACUGGACUCAAAACUCCUCGUGAUCAGCCCAAUUACAGUACAGCCGGACGCGCUCCUCCAGGAUUCAUACAAGAUGUUCAAAGAGGAAGCAAAUAAAGCACGCGUGAGCUUACGCGUUCACUCUGAUGCUUCGUUGAAGGACCUUCAAAUCGACUACGCCAUACUAGAUCCUUCUCGCGUACUUCAAGUCCUCAUCAAUCUGCUGACAAACGCCAUAAAAUUCACUCGCACUCAGCCCGUUCGAAAAGUGGGGGUUAUCAUGAGUGCUACCCGAGAGCCCGCUGGGAGAUCAGGGAUUGAAUAUGUACCCCAGAAAGCAUUGAGCCAGGACUUCCUGGAUGAACAGGAGUGGGGAAGUGGAGAGGUUUUCUACCUGCAUUUCACUGUUACCGACACCGGCUGUGGUCUUACCACGGAGCAAAAAAACAAACUCUUUCUACGCUUUUCACAAGCGUCCCCAAAGACACAUGUUCAGUAUGGAGGAUCCGGUCUUGGUCUAUUCAUCUCACGGGAACUCACAGAGAUGCAAGGUGGUGGUAUCGGCGUACAGUCGACGCAAGGUGUAGGAUCCAUCUUCUCGUUUUAUGUCAAAAGUCGAAGCGCUGCACCUGGACGGAGGAAUUCGACCACCUUCAACCUGCCUUCACGGGCAAAAUCGCAUAUCAUCCAGGACAAACAGCCCAUGUUACUGGAAACCGCCACUCCACCUCUACCUUCUCCGAAGUAUCAUAUCCUUGUUGUCGAAGAUAACCUCAUUAACCAGCGCGUACUUUGCAAUCAGCUCAAGAAGAUCGGAUGCACCGUUCAAGUCGCCAACCACGGUCGUGAAGCACUUGCUGAACUAGCCAAAACGAAAUACUGGAAGCAACCCGCUAUCUCGGAGCCGCACGAUCUCUCUGUUGUGCUGAUGGAUGUUGAGAUGCCGGUGAUGGACGGCAUGACCUGUGCACGGAAGAUCAGGUCUUUGCAAGAGAGUGGCGAUAUCACCGGACAUGUACCGAUCAUUGCAGUUAGUGCCAAUGCGCGCAGAGAACAGAUUGAGCAGGCGAAAGGGGCAGGUAUGGACGACGCCAUAUCGAAACCGUUCCGCAUUCCUGAGCUCUUGAACGUUAUUGACACACUGCUUAGUGGUAAUGCAGGCGGUGGCAAUGUGCGAAGAGGAUAG